CAGCCAUGAGGCAGCUCCUGGUUCUCACUCUCACCAUUGCAAGUGUUUGUGGAUGUGGCGUGCCGACGUUCCCUCCGCUGCUGAGCAGGGUGGUGGCAGGAGAAGACGCCAGACCCCACAGUUGGCCCUGGCAGGUCUCGCUGCAGUCAGACAGCAGUGGGCGCUGGAGACACGUCUGUGGCGGCUCCCUCAUCUCCUCUGAGUGGGUCCUCACAGCAGCGCACUGCUUCAAUGAGCGCUACAGCUACAGAGUGGAGGUGGGCAGGCACAGUCUGAAGGAGCACGAGGAGGGCUCGCAGGCUGUGGCAGCAGCGAAGAUCAUCGCUCACGAGGCCUACAGCGUCCUGCUCAGUCGCAACGACAUUGCCUUGAUCAAGCUGUCCUCACCCGUGAGCUUCUCGGACACCGUCGAGCCCAUCUGCCUCCCGGGAAGUGGCUUGAGUCUGGCGCACGGAGCGGCGUGUUAUGUGACCGGCUGGGGUCGACUCUCCACCCAGGGUGCUCUGGCAGACAUCCUGCAGCAGGCCCUCCUGCCGGUGGUCGACCAUCAGACCUGCUCACAGCCGGACUGGUGGAGCGUUCUGGCCACCGACAAGAUGGUGUGCGCUGGAGGAGACGGAGUGGCUGCCGGCUGCAACGGAGACUCCGGCGGCCCGCUGAACUGCCAGAACCCUGAUGGGUCCUGGGAAGUCCACGGCGUGGUCAGCUUUGGUUCCGGUCAGGGCUGCAACGUCUUCCAGAAACCCACCGUCUUCACACAAGUCAGCUCCUACAUCGACUGGAUCAACAAAGUUGUGGCCAACAACUGAGGAGCUUCCUCAUCACUAUCUAAUCGUGAAUACAAACAGUUCCAGCUCCAAGAUAACAACACUGCUGACUCUGUGACGCGUCACCAACCUGAACCAUCACGGUCUGAAGCCAGCUCAUGACAAAAAACUGAAAAACAAAUCAGCGAUAUUACACCUCCAUCAAUGAAUAAAACAGAAGGCAAAUAAAUAUCCUGCACAAACAGCUUUUUUUCAUUCAGUUUAACUUUAAAAUGAACACAACACACAAGUCAAUCUCACAAUAAACAGAUCACAACAUACUGAAAUGAUGCCGGGUAAACACCAAUAAAUUCAAUUCUUUAAGAAUAUUUUUUAUUAUAAAAUUUGUUUCCAAAAAUGAUUUCAGAGAAAGAUUUCACAGUACAAACAAAAACAAUACAUGACAGCAUAAAAGGGAAAGUGACUGGAAAUAACAUUUAAAAAAGAUUUUGGCACCAUGAGAGUAAAACAGUGAGAAAACCAUCCAGAUCAUACUCCAGCACUUCACACUCCAGUCCAGUUAUGGUUCAAACAGGGACGACCAGGCGGUUCGGUAUGUACAAUGAAAAGCACAAGAGAAACAGAAAGGACACACUGGAAAGCAGUGCGAGAGUUUUCAGCCUCAGGAAGUCGGUUUUUACCUGGUGGUUCAUUGUUGGCAGUAGUUUUGGAACAUCCAAAAUGGAUGGUUCUAACAAGUAGGAUAGCAUGGAAACCAAGAUAUUUUAUGCAAACACUGACACCGCUUGCUGGCAUUUUCCCACAUAAAUAACAGCAGA